AUGUCGAAAGGAGAGUCCUCAAAAGCUGCCGCCACCAAGGGCGUGCGAGCGAAUCCCAACGCAGCUGGAGGCGCCAACUACGAGCUGCCAUGGGUCGAGAAAUACCGUCCAGUGUACCUCGACGAUGUCGUCGGCAAUACAGAGACAAUCGAGCGCCUCAAGAUCAUCGCAAAGGACGGAAACAUGCCUCACAUGAUCAUCUCUGGCAUGCCAGGUAUCGGCAAGACCACGUCCAUCCUCUGUCUCGCGCGACAGUUGCUGGGCGACGCCUACAAGGAAGCCGUGUUGGAGCUCAACGCCUCAGAUGAGCGUGGUAUCGACGUUGUGCGGAACCGGAUAAAGGGUUUUGCGCAGAAGAAGGUGACGCUGCCACCAGGCAGGCAGAAGCUCGUCAUCCUCGACGAAGCAGACAGCAUGACAAGCGGAGCGCAACAGGCGCUGAGAAGAACCAUGGAAAUCUACAGCGCUACAACACGAUUCGCAUUCGCAUGCAACCAAUCGAACAAAAUCAUCGAGCCACUCCAAUCGAGGUGCGCCAUCCUGCGCUACGCCCGCCUCACCGAUGCCCAAGUCGUCCGCCGAAUCAGGCAAGUUUGCGAAGCCGAGAACGUACAGUAUUCCGACGACGGACUCGCCGCGCUGGUCUUCUCUGCUGAAGGAGACAUGCGACAAGCGAUCAAUAACCUUCAAUCAACACACGCUGGAUUCGGCUUCUUGAACGCCGACAACGUCUUCAAGGUGGUGGACAGCCCACACCCCAUCAAGGUGCAGGCCAUGAUCAAAGCGUGCCACGAGCAGAGGAUAGACGAUGCAAUGACAACACUGAAAGAGCUGUGGGACCUGGGCUACUCGUGUCACGACAUCAUCAGCACCAUGUUCAGGGUCACCAAGACCAUCGACACCCUCAGCGAGCACGCGAAGCUAGAGUUCAUCAAAGAGAUUGGGUUCACUCAUAUGCGCAUUCUCGAAGGUGUACAGACGCUACUGCAGCUGUCUGGAUGUAUCGCCAAGCUCUGCAAGAUCAACAUGCAGCCUCAGCUUUUCCUCAUGCCAUCGAAGUGA